UUACGCCGCGGCCGUGUGCGCGCCUUCUCGUUCGCGGUCGGAAGGGGGCGUGGGAGACAGUGUGGAUUGUCCCUCGGAAGCCGUUGUAGUAUGAAAAUCUGAUAGAGGUUUUGGGCAGAAAACGAAAAGGAGCUUCGUUUAACCAUACUGAGCAUGCUCCAAUGAUUUUGCGCAUGCUCAGAUGCAUAGUAUACCACUCGUUGAUGGAUAUGACAAAGUGAUACUACACUGUGGUGGCGGCGGCGGGGGGAAGGGAAAGAUGGCGGCUGCCGUGAGGCAGGAGCUGACCCAGCUCAUGAGCUCCAGCGGUUCCCACAAGGACCUGGCGGGGAAGUAUCGUCAGAUAUUGGAAAAAGCAAUUCAGCUGUCAGGAGCAGAACAACUAGAGGCAUUAAAAGCCUUUGUAGAAGCAAUGGUGAAUGAAAAUGUCAGUUUAGUGAUUUCACGCCAGCUGCUGACAGAUUUCUGUACCCAUCUUCCAAGCCUUCCUGAUGGCACAGCCAAGGAAAUCUAUCACUUCACUCUGGAAAAGAUCCAGCCUCGUGUAAUUUCAUUUGAGGAGCAGGUUGCUUCUAUAAGACAACAUCUUGCAUCAAUUUAUGAGAAAGAAGAAGACUGGCGUAAUGCCGCCCAAGUGUUGGUGGGAAUCCCUUUGGAAACGGGACAAAAGCAAUACAAUGUGGACUAUAAAUUGGAGACGUAUCUGAAAAUUGCCCGACUGUAUUUAGAGGAUGAUGAUCCUGUCCAGGCUGAGGCUUACAUCAACAGGGCAUCUCUUCUUCAGAAUGAAUCAACUAAUGAGCAGUUACAAAUCCACUAUAAGGUGUGCUAUGCCCGUGUUCUCGAUUACAGAAGGAAGUUCAUUGAAGCUGCUCAGAGGUAUAAUGAGCUCUCUUACAAGAGUAUAGUCCAUGAAAGUGAGAGACUUGAGGCACUGAAGCAUGCCUUGCACUGCACGAUCUUAGCAUCAGCAGGACAGCAACGCUCCCGUAUGUUAGCCACUCUCUUCAAGGACGAGAGGUGUCAGCAGCUUGCAGCGUAUGGGAUCCUAGAGAAAAUGUAUCUGGACAGAAUUAUCAGAGGGAACCAGCUGCAAGAAUUUGCUGCGAUGCUUAUGCCACACCAAAAAGCAACAACAGCUGAUGGUUCCAGUAUCUUGGACAGAGCUGUCAUUGAACAUAAUUUAUUAUCUGCAAGCAAACUGUAUAACAACAUUACCUUUGAAGAACUAGGCGCAUUAUUAGAAAUUCCUGCAGCCAAGGCAGAAAAGAUAGCCUCUCAGAUGAUAACAGAAGGUCGCAUGAAUGGAUUUAUUGAUCAGAUAGAUGGAAUAGUUCACUUUGAAACUCGUGAAGCCUUGCCAACGUGGGACAAACAGAUUCAAUCACUUUGCUUCCAAGUCAACAAUCUUUUGGAGAAGAUUAGUCAGACUGCCCCAGAAUGGACAGCGCAGGCGAUGGAAGCACAGAUGGCUCAGUAGACUUUCACUUCUGUAGAAAAUGUAAAAAUGUGAAACAAGCUUAAGCAGCUGAACUUAACACUUCGACAACUUCUGAUUAAACAGGUGUAUAUUGUGUUAAAACUUCUAAAGAUUUCUCUUAAAGGCACUGUAGAACAGCAUAACAGUUUUUUUAAUGCUAUAGUUUAAAAAUGGAGUGAAACUGAAUGGAGUAAAAAGUUUGUUUUGUAUCAAAAUUCCACUUCCUUAGUGACCUUGUGAAUAUUUUUGUUGUGAAAACUGAAGUGCCAUAUUCUGUUUAGCUGUCGUUAUUCUAAUAAAGACAGAAUGGGAAUUAAUCAAA